UAGGCCCAAAGAGAAGAGAGAGGAACAAAAGGCGGGGUGGCGUGUGUAUUCGAACUCAUACAAAUACAACAAUACACCCACCGCUUCCUCCUCUUCUUCUUCUUCUUCUUCAUCAUCUUCUGUUAGCUUUGGACAAUCUCAUUCACAUCGCAUGACUUAUCGCUCCCAUUGAGAGAAAAUAUUCAUUCAAUUUUUUUUAUUUUAUUUUAUCGCGUAAUAGGAUUUUAUUUUCAUUUAUUCCCCUCAAAUUCAAUUCAACACUAUAGCUUUCCUGCCGCUAAAACCCUUACUCACUCUAUUUUAAUGAAUUAAUUAACUACUACUGCUGCCACUACUAGUGUUGUUGGGUAAAUUGAUUGGGUUCAUCAUUCAUGUCGACUCCAAGCGAGGAUCAAAUUCCUCAUUUUUCUCAAUUCAAUUUCACUCCUUUUACUUCUUCUUCUUCUUCUAUGUUUCCCUUAAGUCAAAGAAAUGAAAUCAAUAAUGUCAACUUGCACACUAGUAGUAACGUUGAAGCGUUUCCGAGUCAGAGCAACACUGUUAAUCUUCCUCCACUUCUUCAAACCCAACCCAACCCAAGAGGAAAGCAUAAUGGUAAAUCAAAAGUUUCAAAAAAUUCAAAAUCUGCCAAUCAGAUUUCAAAUACAGACUCUCUGAAUUCAGCCACAGUCAAUCGUUAUGACAGUUCCUUAGGAUUGCUAACCAAGAAAUUUAUCAGUUUGAUCAAUGAGGCUAAGGAUGGUACCCUUGAUCUAAAUAAAACUGCUGAGAUCUUAAAGGUUCAAAAAAGGAGAAUUUAUGACAUUACAAAUGUUCUUGAAGGAAUAGGAUUGAUAGAGAAAACUUCAAAGAACCAUAUACGGUGGAAGGGAUGUGAUGGACUUGAGCCACGAGAACUGGAGCAUCAAGUUAAUACUCUAAAGGAUGAAGUUGAUAGCUUAUAUGCCGAGGAAUUCAAACUUGACCAGUGUAUAAGUGAAAGAAAGGAGCUUAUAAGAAACCUGGAGGAAGGUGAAAACACUGGAAAGUACCUUUUUUUUACCAAAGAAGAUAUUCUUACCCUUCCAUGCUUCCAGAAUAAGCAACUUAUUACAAUCAAGGCUCCAAAAGCUAGUUUCAUUGAGGUCCCCGAUCCUGAUGAGGAAUUAGGCUUCCACCAAAGGCAGUACAGAAUGAUUGUUAGAAGUGCAACUGGACCGAUAAAUCUGUACCUCUUGAACAAGCACGACCACAAGUUUGAGGGUGUGAGUGCCAAGCAGGCAAAGCUAGAAGAUCCAUCACGGAAUAGCAACGGCUGCAGAAUGGACGGUGUGGGAUUAUUAGAAAACCAAGGUUUUCAGAAAAACCCUUCUGGGAGUUUAAAUUCGCUUGACUCAGAGGCUUUUGGAAUUCAACAGAUUACUCCUACGGAUUUGGAUGUUGACGGUGAUUAUUGGUUUCAAUCAGAUCCCCAAGUUGGCCUAACAGAAUUGUGGCGCACAAGUGCAGUUGGCUCAGAUAGAUGAACUUUUCAGUUCUCAAUGAUUAGUUCAACUGCGAUAUCGCAUUUGCUUAGAGUAGGCAUCGCUGAUAUAUAUGGUCAAUAUAUGUAAAUGUUAGGCUGCUGAUUGUUGCAUAUGACACAAAGGGUACAUUUCAAACUGUAAAUGCUAGCUCUUUUCUUUGUUGAACAUGCAGUUGCUUAACUAGCUAGGACUGCCGAAUACCAUUAGGGUGCCCGUGACGCCAAAAACAGAACAAUAGAAAAUAAACAUAUACUAAAUUACAAUAAGUUUAUUUUAUUUAA